AUGUUAUUGGUGAAGGAGGCAUGUGAUGCUGUUGCUUUCAUUAAAAGCCCUGUUGCCGCUGCCGCCGCAAUUGAUUUCUUCGUUCUCUGUACUUUUACGGCUUCUUCUUUCGAUUCUGCGGCCUUUGUCCCUCCCUCCACUCCGCUCCCUCCUCAGCCUACGUUAACUCCGACAGCCAUGGCGGCAUCACCUCCUCGGAUCCUAAUUGACAACUUUUAUGCUGAACUUAAUGCCAAUGGAUAUAAAUUUGCUGAGCUAGAGCAUCCACCUGAAGCUAAGCUAGAGCAUCCGCCUAAAGUAGCCGCUGCACCCUCCAAAGCCGGGGUUGCGAUCAACCUAAAAAUACUUAUAAAAGGUAAAGACCUUAACACGGCCAUUGCAAAAGACGUCACUGCAACUCUUAAUGCCCCCAAAGCCCUCAAAGCCGCACUCAUGAAAUUGAAGAUUGUGAUGAAUGACAAAGAUAUAGCCCUGGUUAUGGCAGAAGUUGUAGAGGCCGCGGCAGCCGCCACUGCCACAGUCCCGACAUCACGCUUCAGAAAACCAAUGCUUCUAGUCAAUGUCGACCUAGAAGUCGAGUCUGCCACAGAUCUUCUUAGGGAAAUGUAUAAUGAAGUGGUAGCGUCGGCAAUCCUUAAAUCACCACCUACUAGUCUUGCGCUCCAUCCUCAAUCUAUUGGUCCUCUGCUCCCUCCGAUGAAUUGCAAAGAUAUAGUCCUGGCUAUGACAGAAGCUGCAAAAGUCGCGACACCCGCCAUCGCCGCAGUCCCGACACCACGCUUCAGAAAAUCAAUGCUUCCAGUCGUUGUCGACCCAGAAGUCGAGUCCGCCGUAGAUCUUCUUAAGGAGAUGUAUAAUAAAGUGGUAGCGGCGGCAAUCCUUAAAUCACCAAUACAACUACAAAUAUAUGAUGAUUCCUUCAGAAAAAAAGAAAAAGAGGAAUUAAUGUUAUUGGUGAAGGAGCUAUGUGAUGCCAUUGCUUUCAUUGAAAACCCGGUUACCCCUGUCGCCGCAAUUGAUUUCUUCGUUCUCUGUAUUUUCAUGGCUUCUUCUUCCGAUUCUGCGGCUUCUGUCCCUCCCUCCACUCCUCAGCCUACUGAUCAUUUGCUCCCUCCUCAGUCUACAGGUCCUCCGCUCCCUUCUCAGCCUACGUUCGCUCCGACAGCCGUGGCGGCGUCACCUCCUCGGAUCCUAAUUAACAGCUUUUAUGCUGAACUCAAUGCCAAGGCAUAUAAAUUUGCUGAGCCAUAG